AUGGACCGUCUGCGCAUCAUCCCCGCCUCGCCUUCGUACUUCACCGGCAAGCCCGAUUUCACCGACGAUCUGCUCAAAUUGGAAAACCUGUUGCGCAAGUACCAGACACUACCCGUCUUGCCUACUGGACACGCUCCCCGCGUCGCGUGGAAGACACUGGCUCAGUACAAGGUCAACAGCAACGAGCCCGUCAAGGCCGCUCGCUACACAAAGAUUCUUCAAGUCUUGCAACGAUUGAACUACAUCCACCCCAACCUCAUGCCCGAAGACGUCUCGACUGCUCUCAGGCGCUAUAUGCGUGAUGUUCAGCCAUUCCACAACCAGCCCAAGCCUGGUGUCGUUGACGAGUACGGUCGUGCUAGAGGUGUUGGCAGGAGAAAGAGCAGUAACGCCGUGGCGUUUUUGGUCGAGGGCGAAGGCGAGGUCCUGAUCAACGGCAAGCCCUUGACUCAGGCAUUUGGUCGUCUUCACGACCGCGAGAGUGCUCUUUGGGCCCUCAAGGUCACCGAGCGCAUGGACAAGUACAAUGUCUGGUGCGUCACUAGAGGAGGUGGUACCACCGGUCAGGCUGAUGCCAUCGCAUUGGCUGUGUCCAAGGCGUUGAUGGUGCACGAGCCGUUGCUCAAGCCCGCUCUGAGAAGGGCUGGUGUUGUCACAAGAGAUCCUCGUCGUGUCGAGAGAAAGAAGCCCGGAAAGCUCAAGGCUCGCAAGAUGCCUGCCUGGGUCAAGCGUUGA